CGUUGUUGGUGAUGGCAGGAACGGCGCUGAAACGGCUGAUGGCCGAGUACAAGCAAUUAACACUGAAUCCUCCUGAAGGAAUUGUUGCAGGUCCAAUCAGUGAGGAGAACUUUUUUGAAUGGGAGGCCUUAAUCAUAUUGAUGAAAAAUUACAGCUUCAAAACGCAUUCCUGUAGUAGGAGCCAAAAAGAAGGUACUCCGUAACCUCAUUCUUGACAAUCGAUGCCACAACUUCCCAACCACCGAUGUCAAGCUAACAGGUCUAUAAUUUCCUUUUUGCUUCCUUGUCUCCUUCUUAAAUAGCGGAGUGACGUUUGCAAUCUUCCAGUCCUCUGGAACCAUGCCAGAAUCCAUCGACUUUUGAAAGAUCAUUGCUAAUGCCUCCGUAAUCUCCACAGCUACUUCCUUCAGAACACGAGGGUGCAUUCCAUCUGGUCCGGGAGAUUUAUCUACCCUUAGACCAUUCAGCUUCCUGAGUACUUUCUCUGUCGUAAUUGUGACUGCGCACACUUCUCUUCCCUGCCAACCUUGAGUGUCCGGUAUACUGCUGAUGUCUUCCUCAGUGAAGACUGAUGCAAAAUACUUGUUCAGUUCCUCAGCCAUCUCCUUAUCUCCCAUUACAAUGUCUCCAGCAUCAUUUUCUAUCAGUCCUAUAUCUACUCUCACCUGUCUUUUACUCUUUAUAUACUUGAAAAAGCUUUUAGUAUUCUCUUUGAUAUUAUUUGCUAGCUUCCUUUCAUAGUUUAUCUUUUCCCUCUUAAUGACCUUCUUAAUUUCCUUUUGUAAGCUUUUAAAAACUUCCCAAUCCUCUGUGUUCCCACUAAUUUUUGCUUCCUUGUAUGCCUUCUGCUUUAACUUUGGCUUUGACUUCUCUUGUCAGCCACGGUUGCAUCCUUUUUCCACUUGAAAAUUUCUUUUUUGGAAUAUAUCUGUUUUGCACCUUCCUCACUUCUCGCAUAAACUCUAGCCACUGCUGCUCUGCCGUCCUUCCCGCUAGUGUCGCUUUCCUGUCAACUUUGGCCGGUUCCUCUCUCAUGCCACUGUAAUUUCCUUUACUGAAAUACCAACACAUUGAAUUUCGGCUUCUCAUUCUCAAAUUUCACAGUGAACUCAAUCAUGUUAUGAUCACUACCUCCUAAAGGUUCCUUCACCUCAGUCUUUCUUAAUCACCUCCGAUUCAUUACACAAUACCCAAUCCAGUACAGCCGACCCCCUAGUGGGCUCAACAAGAAGCUGUUCUAAAAAACCAUCUCCUAGACAUUCUACAAAUUCUCUCUCUUGAGAUCCAGUGCUGACCUGAUUUUCCCAAUCCCCUCGCAUGUGGAUCCCCCACAAUUAUCAUAACACUGCCCUUCUGACAAGCCUUUUCUAUUUCCUGUUGUAAUUUGUAGUCCACAUCACGGCAGCUGAUAGGAGGCCUGUCGUCAGGGUCCUUUUACCCUUGCGAUUUCUUAGCUCAACCCAUAAAGAUUCUGCACCUUCCGAUCCUAUGUCACCUAUGUCAUCUCUUUCUAAUGAUUUAAUAUCAUUUCUUACCAAUAAAGCCACGCCUCCCCCUCUGCCUACCUGCCUAUUCUUCCAAUACACCGUAAUGUAGCAGGAUCCUCUUUUGAAUCAGUAUGGGUGGAAGUCAGGAACAGGAAGGGAGCAGUUACUCUAUUGGGAGUAUUCUAUAGGCCCCCUGGUAGCAGCAGAGAUAACGAGGAGCAGAUUGGGAGGCAGAUUUUGGAAAGGUGCAAAAAUAACAGGGCUGUUAUCAUGGGUGACUUUAACUUCCCUAAUAUUGAUUGGCAGCUGAUUAGUUCCAAUGGUUUAGACGGGGCAGAAUUUGUUAAGUGUAUCCAGGGCGGAUGCCUGUCACAGUAUGUUGACAGGCCGACUAGGGGGAAUGCCAUACUAGAUCUAGUAUUAAAUAAUGAACCAGGUCAGGUCACAGAUCUCUCAGUGGGUGAGCAUCUGGGGGACAGUGACCACCGCACCCUGGCCUUUAACAUUAUCAUGGAAAAGGAUAGAAUCAGAGAGGACAGGAAAAUUUUUAAUUGGGGAAGGGCAAAUUAUGAGGCUAUAAGGCUAGAACUUGCGGGUGUGAAUUGGGAUGAUGUUUUUGCAGGGAAAUGUACUAAGGACAUGUGGUCGAUGUUUAGGGAUCUCUUGCAGAAUGUUAGGGAUAAAUUUGUCCCGGUGAGGAAGAUAAAGAAUGGUAGGGCGAAGGAACCAUGGGUGACAAGUGAGGUGGAGAAUCUAGUCAGGUGGAAGAAGGCAGCAUACAUGAGGAUUAGGAAGCAAGGAUCAGAUGGGUCCAUUGAGGAAUAUAGAAAGGAGCUUAAGAAGAAGUUGAGGAGAGCAAGAAGGGGGCAUGAGAAGGCCUUGGUGAGUAGGGUAAAGGAAAACCCUAAGGUAUUCUUCAAUUAUGUGAAGAACAAAAGGAUGACAGGACUGAAGAUAGGACCGAUUAGAGAUAAAGAUAGGAAGAUGUGCCUGGAAGCUGUGGAAGUGAGCGAGAUCCUCAAUGAAUACUUCUCUUCGGUAUUCACCAAGGAGAGGGAACUUGAAGACAGUGAGGACAAUAUGAGUGUUGUUGAUGUUCUGGAGCAUGUUGGUAUUAAGGGAGAGGAGGUGUUGGAGUUGUUAAAAUACAUUAGGAUGGAUAAGUCCCCAGGGCCUGAUGGAAUACUCCCCAGGCUGCUCCAUGAGGUGAGGGAAGAGAUUGCUGAUUCUCUGGCUAGGAUCUUUAUGUCCUCGUUGUCCACGGGAAUGGUACUGGAGGAUUGGAGGGAGGCGAAUGUUGUCCCCUUGUUCAAAAAAGGUAGUAGGGAUAGUCCGGGUAACUAUAGACCAGUGAGCCUUACAUCUGUGGUGGGAAAGCUGUUGGAAAAGAUUCUCAAAGAUAGGAUCUAUGGGCAUUUAGAGAAUCAUGGUCUGAUCAGGGACAGUCAGCAUGGCUUUGUGAAGGGCAGAUCGUGUCUUAACAAGCCUGAUAGAGUUCUUUGAGGAGGUGACCAGGCAUAUAGAUGAGGGUAGUGCAGUGGAUGUGAUCUACAUGGAUUUUAGUAAGGCAUUUGACAAGGUUCCACACGGUAGGCUUAUUCAGAAAGUCAGAAAGCAUGGGAUCCAGGGAAGUUUGGCCAGGAGGAUUCAGGAUUGGCUUGCCUGCAGAAAGCAGAGGGUCGUGGUGGAGGGAGUACUUUCGGAUUGGAGGAUUGUGACUAGAGGUGUCCCACAAGGAUUGGUUCUUAGGCCUCUACUUUUCGUGAUUUUUAUUAACGACCUGGAUGUGGGGGUAGAAGGGUGGGUUGGCAAGUUUGCAGAUGACACAAAGGUUGGUGGUGGUGUGGAUAGUGUAGAGGAUUGUCGAAGAUUGCAGAGAGACAUUGAUAGGAUGCAGAAGUGGGCUGAGAAGUGGCAGAUGGAGUUCAACCCGGAGAAGUGUGAGGUGGUACACUUUGGAAGGACAAACUCCAAGGCAGAGUACAAAGUAAAUGGCAGGAUACUUUGAAGUGUGGAGGAACAGAGGGAUCUGGGGGUACAUGUCCAUAGAUUCCUGAAAGUUGCCUCACAGGUAGGUAGGUUAGUUAAGAAAGCUUAUGGAGUGUUAGCUUUCAUAAGUCGAGGGAUAGAGUUUAAGAGUCGCGGGGUAAUGAUGCAGCUCUCUAAAACUCUGGUUAGGCCACACUUGGAGUACUGUGUCCAGUUCUGGUCGCCUCACUAUGGGAAGGAUGUGGAAGCAUUGGAAAGGGUACAGAGGAGAUUCACCAGGAUGCUGCCUGGUUUAGAGGUAUGCAUUAUGAUCAGAGAUUAAGGGAGCUAGGGCUUUACUCUCUGGAGAGAACGAGGAUGAACGGAGACAUGAUAGAGGUAUACAAGAUAUUAAGAGGAAUAGAUAGAGUGGACAGCCAGCGCCUCUUCCCCAGGGCACCACUGCUCAAUAUAAGAGGACAUGGCUUUAAGGUAAGGGGUGGGAAGUUCAAGGAGGAUAUUAGAGGAAGAUUUUUUACUCUGUGACAAGAAUACACAUAGAUUAAGAUGUAGCUGUCCUGUGCUGGCACCAGUGGGAUCAGUAGUUGGUCUGCCACCUGUCUUCAGGAGAGAGAGACAGAUAAGGAAAACAAUGGAGCAGCAUUUGGAGAUGUUAAUGAAAGGGAAGGAGAGCUGUCAAGAUUGGCUCCCCCUUUGAACCCUGAACUGUUUGAAGUGAUGGACAGGCGAUACCCCAGCAGGGGGAUAAAAAGGGACAGGUUCGCUAAGGCAGCACACACGACACCCUGAGGUAACGAGACCCUGGAAGCGGUGCGCCUCUCACAAGUCGGUGGGAAGUUUUGGAUGGCUGGUCAGGGGAUCAGGCCAUAGACGCUCAGGGUGGAAAGGCAUGAUCGGCGGGAACCUGGUGUGUAUCCACCCUUGCCUGGGUGCCGGGUUCACCGCAGGGAAACGAUCGUAUCUGGAAACGGAGGGGUCACGGUCGGUGACCUCAGAUGACAUCACAAAGGACUCGCCCGAAAGCUGACUGCGAAGGUCUGUGUGGAAGCCUUGAAUAUUCAUUCGUUUUGCUCUCUCUCUCUCUCUCCUCCCCCCCCCCCACUGUCCAUCGCCACGGCAGCGAUUACUACGAACUGAAUUGAACUAAAUUGAACUGAACUUUGCGUCACUUUGAAACUGGUCAUUUACCCCUAGACAACGAUAGAGCUUGAUUGAUCCUGUUAUCUUAAUUCUGUGUACAUGUAUGUUUAUCAUUGCUGAACUGUUGCAUUUAUUAUCCUUUUGAUUAGAGUACUGUGUUGCUUGUUUCUUUAAUAAAACUUUCUUAAUUCUAGUAAUCCAGACUCCAACUGAGUGAUCCAUUUCUGCUGGUUUGGCAACCCAGUUACGGGAUACGUAACAUAAGUGGGGUUCUCGUCCGCGAUUUUGAACGCUAAAUUUGGGACGGAGUAAAUUGAUUAGGUCAAAAUUCCCGAAAGAAAGAAAAGACAAACAGCAGAAAUGGAGGCUGAGGAAAUUAUAAAGGCACCGACCUUGGAGGCAUUAGAGGAUGCCAAGAAAACGGAAUUGGUAGCUGUGGCCAAACGGUUGAAUCUUGCUAAGGGGAAGUCGACAAUGAGGAGACAGGAGAUACAACAGAGCUAUCGUAGAGCAUUAUGUAUCUAAAGGUGUGUUUCCCCAAGGCGAGUUGGAGGUUGUGUCUAUUGAAAAACCUGCUGGAGACGUGGUACAGGUGCAGCUUGAAAAACUGAGACUCAAGCACGAGUUCCGGGUACGGCAGUUAGAACACGAAGAGAAGCAGUUAGAAAGGCGGGAGAGAGAGAGAGAGUUAGAAAGGCGGGAGAAAGAGAGAGAGUUAGAAAGGCAGGAGAGAGAGAGAGAGACAGCUGGAGCGAGAGAAGAAAAAGAGGGAAAGGGAAUUCGAGCUGGAGAAGUUAAAGAUAAGGACAGAGCAGGGACCCGUGCCGAACCAAGGUGGAGGGUUCCGGGCGACUCAGGAGGUUAGGCUGGUUCCCCCAUUUGACGAUACCGACGUGGAUCGGUACUUUCUCCAUUUCGAAAAAGUUGCUACAAGUCAGGACUGGCCGAGGGAUAAGUGGGCUGUUUUGCUUCAGAGUGUACUGAAAGGGAAAGCCCAACAAGCUUACUCAGCUUUGUCCGCGGAAGAUGCCCAGAGGUAUGAGGUGGUGAAAGAGGCCAUCCUCAGGAUUUAUGAGUUGGUCCCGGAGGCAUACCGGCAGAGGUUCCGGAAUGCGAGGAAGCAGUGGGACUGCACGUAUUUAGAGUUUGCCCAUGAGAUGCAGACAUAUUGUGAGCGUUGGUGUGCCUCGAAGGGGGUAGAGGGGGAUUAUGACAGACUGCUACAGCUGAUCCUGAUUGAGCAGUUUAAAGGUUGUGUCCCUGAGGGUAUGAGACCCUACCUAGGUGAGAAAGAGGCAGCCACGUUAGCCGCAACUGCUAAGUUAGCGGAUGAGUAUGCGUUGACGCAUAAAAUGAAGUUUGCCCCGAGGAAAGGCUACCAGAAGGGUAGUCAGGACGGCGGGGAGAGUCCGCCAGAAAAGUCAGAAAGUAAGCCGGGGACUAGUGAGAAGGAUAAGGUAGACCGGGAGCAGUCUGGUAGGAAGUCUCCUGGGGUCGCCUGUUAUAAUUGCGGGAAAGUCGGACACUUUGCGUCCAGGUGCUUUGCCCCAAAGAAGGAGACGGAAAAGGAAAAACGGUGAUUUUGACUGGCUGUAUCGAGCUGGUAAACGAACCGCUAGGACGGGACAGGUCUGCCAAAGUUCAGGAAGGGCGCGAGAAGUUUAUCUCGGCCGGAUUGGUGUCAGUGAAGGAGGGGUUAAAACCAGUUCCAGUGCGGAUCUGGAGAGACACGGGAGCGCGUCACUCACUAAUACUGAAGAGUGUAUUAGAGUUUAGCUCAGAGACCCAGACUGGGGAGGUCAAGGUCAAAGGUAUUGGGGAAGGGACGGAAGCCGUCCCUUUGCACCAGAUACUCUUACAAAGCAACCUGGUCUCUGGACUAGUCACGAUCGGGGUGAGGUCCGAAUUACCAAUGAAAGGCGUGGAAGUCUUGCUCGGUAAUGACCUCGCCGGGGGAAUCGUGUUCGAAGCAGUGAGAUUGACAGGUCAGCCUGCCAGCAUUGAGGCCCCGCCCAUGGACUCACAGGUUCAUCACGGGACUGCGGUAGUAAAUUUAGCUGAGACGUUUCUGCCAGCCUUGUAUGAGAAGGGGGUAGAAAAUGAAAAGAAGGAGUGUAGUGAAACAAGAGGUAGUGAGGGAGCUGAGACAGACUUAGCAUUAACCAGGAAGGAAUUUGUGCAGGCGCAGGAGCGAGACGAGGGGCUGAUGGUUUUGGCAGAGACAGCUCUCUCUGACACAGAAUUACUAAGGGAACUAGUAGGCUAUGGUGUGGAGGAGGAAGUGCUAAGGAAGAAAGGGAAACCAAGUACAGUACCCGCAGAUGAGGAUUGGGGGGUGGUGCAAAAGAGUUAUGGGGAUGAGAUUUUUAACCUGGCCCCCAAGGUACCCCCCGGUGGACAUUUUGCGGUGCUGGAGGAAACAGUUGGUGGAAUCAUGAAAGAAGUUUAUCGGCUGCCCAGGAGGAAGGAUGUUAUUGAUUAUGGCCAACGCGAACUGAGACGGUCACAGGCUUUUGAUAUGCUAAUAAACCUAGUCGGUGUUAGCGCGGAAAUCAAUGAAGCUAGGGUCCCCCGAUAAGAGAAAAAAACCAUUUUGAAAAGAUGAGUAUGGUAUCGACCAGAUGGGAGAAGGCUAUUGUUUUGGCCAGCUCUGCUGAUAAGGUCUCUCCCUUAAACCCCGAACAAAGCGACUCUUUAGGAGAAGUAAUUAAACGACUCGCACACGUGUGUUUGAUUGUCUCGAGGCGAUGCAAAGAACUGGGACGUUGGGUGGUGGUUGUCAUCCUAGGCCAGCCUAGCGAGCAAUACCCUUAUAGAAUGAGUAAUUCAGUGACGAAAGGGCUGACGAACACAGAGGUGUGUAUUGGCAAUGUAAUACGGCUGUCUGAAGCCAGCUUGAUAGUGAACCUUGGAAAAAAUGAGUUCGGCCACACGAAGGUUACUUACCUGGGAAUUGUGGUGACACAGGGGCAGCUGGCAGCGAUGUAAGCUAAAGUGCGGGCUAUCUCUGACAUCCCAACCCCGACAGACAAGAGGGCCCUCAGAAGGCUCUUGGAGAUGGUGGGGUACUGUAGGAAGUUUUGCAAUAACUCUGCGGUUACUACCCCUCCCCCUCCUGCUAAGCCCUUGCGAGAGCUAAGUCGGAAUGGGACGACCCUUGUUAUUGUGGUCCGGGACGAAACCAAAUGAGAGGUUACAUUGAUCGCAAUUCAUCAGUGUUUUUGGCCACUAUGAAGUUUGCUAAGUUGGAGCCUGGUCUAAGGGAUUAUUAAUAACACAUAUAAAAGGAACAGAAAAUGUGAUGGCUGACUGUCUGUCAGGUGUUGACAACUUCAAACUCGCUGUAUUAGCCAAAUAGCUGAUAAAGAUGUAUAUUUGUGUGUAUCAAAUAAUGUAUUCAUGUUUGUAAUUUUUACCCCCGGUAAAAAUCCUUGAAGGGGGGGAAGUGUGACAAGAAUACACAUAGAUUAAGAUGUAGCUGUCCUGUGCUGGCACCAGUGGGAUCAGCAGUUGGUCUGCCACCUGUCUUCAGGAGAGAGAGAGAUAAGGAAAACAAUGGAGCAGUAUUUGGAGAUGUUAAUGAAGGGGAAGGAGAGCUGUCAAGAUCGGCUCCCCCUUUGAACCCUGAACUGUUUGAAGUGAUGGACAGGCGAUACCCCAGCAGGGGGAUAAAAAGGGACAGGUUUACUAAGGCAGGUCACACACGACACCCCGAGGUAACGAGACCCUGGAAGUCGGUGGGAAGUUUUGGACGGCUAGUCGUGGGACAAGCCAUAGACACUCAGGGUGGAAAGGCACGAUCGGCGGGAACCUGGUGUGUCUCCACCCUUGCCUGGGUGCCGGGUUCACCGCAGGGAAACGAUCGUAUCUGGAAAUGGAGGGGUCACGGUCGGUGACCUCAGAUGACAUCACAAAGGACUCGCCCGAAAGCUGACAGCAAAGGUCUGUCUGGAAGCCUUGAAUAUUCAUUCAUUUUGCUCUCUCUCUCCUUCCCCCCACUGUCCAUCGCCACAGCAGCGAUUACUGCGAACUGAAUUGAACUAAAUUGAACUGAACUUUGCGUCACUUUGAAACUGGUCAUUUACCCCUAGACAACGAUAGAGCUUGAUUGAUCCUGUUAUCUUAAUUCUGUGUACAUGUAUGUUUAUCAUUGCUGAACUGUUGCAUUUAUUAUCCUUUUGAUUAGAGUACUGUGUUGCUUGUUUCUUUAAUAAAACUUUCUUAGUUCUAGUAAUCCAGACUCCAGCUGAGUGAUCCAUUUCUGCUGGUUUGGCAACCCAGUUACAGGGUACGUAACAACUCAGAGAGUUGUUGGUGCGUGGAAUACACUGCCUGAGUCAGUGGUGGAGGCAGGUGCACUAGUGAAAUUUAAGAGACUACUAGACAGGUAUAUGGAGGAAUUUAAGGUGGGGGGUUAUAUGGGAGGCAGGGUUUAAGGGUCGGCACAAUAUUGUGGGCCGAAGGGCCUGUACUGUGCUGUACUGUUCUAUGUUCUAUAUAUUGAAUGGGUCACCAGAGGAAGUAGUAGAGACAGGUACAAUUACAGUGUUUAAAUUUUUUUUAAAAAUAGACAGAUACAUGGUAAGGAAAGGUUUAGAGGGAUAUGGAGCAAAUGGGACUAGCUAAGGUAGGCACUUUGGUCUGUAUGGAUGAGUUAGGCUGAAGGGCCUUUUUCCUUGCUGUAUAACUGACUUUACAUUACCAUGGUACAUCCUGAAACAGAUGUGCUAUAAAAACAAUUUUUUUUUACUUAUACACAAUUUUAGUACACUGGAUAGAAAACAAAUAUGUUUUCUAUAUUGCCGUUUGGUACGGCUAAUAGACAGAUUUAUCUAUUCUAUAAAUUUUGUUAUAGUUCAUAGUGAAAUUCCAUAUCAUAUGCGGUUUAUAAUUGAAUGUUCAUAUAUACUUGAUUUAACAAAUCUGUUUGUUAAUGAUGCCAAUUUUAGCAAGCUUGUCCAGAUGAAAUAGAACAUGUUGGAAAAAAUGGAAUUCAACCUCUGCUGUGAGAAAAAACUAUUUCCUAACUGAUGAAGUGGCUAUGGUAUGAUGAGUAGAAAAGAGUGGUACAGUAGCGUAGUGGUUAGCACAAUGUCUUACAGUGUCAGCGACCUGGGUUCAUUUCCCACUGCUGUCUAUAAAGAGUUUGUAUGUCCUCCCAGUGACCACGUGGGUUUCCUCCAGGUACUCCAGUUUCUUCCCACAGUCCAGAGAUGUGUGGUUGAUAGGUAAAUAGGUCGUUGUAAUUUGUCUCAUGAUUAGGCCAGGGCGGCACGGCUCGAAGUACCAGAAGGACCUAUUCCACACUGCAUUCCAAUAAAUAAAUAGCUCACAGUGAUUGCCAAUCUUUGUGCAAUGUAAUUUGAUAAUACAUUGGAAUAAGUACAUAAGUCUGAAAAUGAAGUUUGACAAUACAUGUACGUGGUAUGUUUUUAAAGCUUCAGCUGCUGAUUGAUUGCGUGCAGAAUUCUGAAUGGACAGAAUAAUUAGAAUUUCUGUGAGUAACCUAUUGACUUCUUAUUUUGGUGCACAUAAUAUAACAAAAAGUUGGAUUAGGUUGGAUUAGGACCUUUAAGCCCCUGCCAUUCAGUUAAUAUCAUGAAGCUGUUCCUCAUCCACUUAAAUCUGCCUGAUUACCACAUCCACUUAUUAUACAAUAGCAUGGAACUAUUAUAUAGAGUUUUUGUCUUUACUUUGCAAAAGCAGUGUAGUUUGUUUCACCAGGUGUUCAGUUUUUUUCCUGCUCUAAUGACCCAUUUUGAAAACCACAAUUGAAGAUGAACCUUCCACUCUGGUGCAAGAUGGCGCCAGUGAGCCACGGCGAUGUUCUGUGGGCUACUUACAAUACCUCUAAGUAUACUUCUUUUGAAUUACUCCCACUGCAACCUGCAGCAAGUAAUUUCCCUUUAACCAAUGUACUUUUAAAUUGACUUAAUGAACUACAGAUUUCAUGAUCAGAAAGACUAAACAGACUUAACAAUCAAGCAAGCUGGCACUGCAACUUUAAGUGGACGAAGGCUCCUUGUCAUGGCUGGAAGCGAGCCAGGAAGGGGGAAUCCAAGCCAGGCUGAAACUCAGAGGAAUGAGUGCUAACCACUAUGCUAUUGUACCCAGCAUCUUGUUAGCAUAUGUGCAGUUGCUGGAGAACAAAAUCAAGGACCUGAGGGCAAGAUUGCUGUGUUGAAGUGAAAUGUGAAAUUGUUGUGCUUUGUGUUUUACUCACUCUCAGCACACCAGAUAUGGCAAUCAGACCUGAAUCAGGUUUAUUAUCACCGGCGUGUUCCGUGAAAUUUGUUAACUUAGCAGCAGCAGUUCAAUGCAAUACAUAAUAUAGAAGAAAAAAAAAUAAGUAAAUCUUAUUCAGUAUACUUUAUAUAGUAUACGUAUACUGUAUUGAAUAGAUUAAAAACAGAAAUACUAUAUGUUAAGAAAGUGAGGUAGUGCCCAAGGGUUCAAUGUCCAUUCAGAAAUCGGAUGGCAGAGGGGAAGAAGCUGUUCCUGAAUCGCUGAGCGUGUGCCUUCAGGCUUCUGUAUCUCCUACUUGAUGGUAACAGUGAGGAAAGGGCAUGCCCUGGGUGCUGGAGGUCCUUAAUAAUGGACGCUGCCUUUCUGAGACACCGCUCCUUGAAGAUAUCCUGGGUACUUUGUAGGCUAGUACCCAAGAUGGAGUUGACUAGAUUUACAACCAUCUGCAGCUGCUUUCGGUCCUGUGCAGUCGCUCCCCUCCCUAUACCAGACAGUGAUGCAGCCUGUCAGAAUGCUCUCCAUGGUACAUCUAUAGGAGUUUUUAAAUGUAGUUGUUGACGUGCCAAAUCUCUUCAAACUCCUAAUAAAGUAUAGUCACUGUCUUGCCUUCUUUAAAACUACAUCGAUAUUUUGGGACCAGGUUAGAUCCUCAGAGAUCUUGAUAUCCAGGAACUUGAAGCUGCUCAUCUCUCCACUUCCGAUCCCUUUAUGAGGAUUGGUAUGUGUU